AUGGGUUCCUUCCUCCGCAUUUUGAGCCUGACGGCUACGGCUGUGGCUUUGGUGGCUGCACAGCCCCAUGCACGCUCUCGACCACCAUCUGUUUCUCCCAGCGUCACCGUCGAGCAAGGGAUCGUCAAGGGCUUUUCCCAGAAUGAUACCAAUGUCUUUCUAGGCAUUCCCUUUGCCGAGACCACUGCUGGCGAGAACCGCUGGAAGGCACCUAAGCCCAUCGGCUCAUUCCCCAAUGGUGGCUUCGAGGCCACUGCCUAUGGGCCAUCCUGUGCCCAGGUAAUGUCGGGCACAGCAAUCACCGACCAGAGCGAGGAUUGUCUCAGCCUCAAUAUUUGGACCCCGGAAAAGGGUGCCAAACUUCCUGUAUUUGUCUAUAUCUAUGGCGGUGCCAUGGUCACCGGCGGCAGUAGCAAUGCCCAAUGGCAAGGGUUCAACUUCGCCCGCAAGGAUGUUAUCUACGUCAACUUCAAUUACCGCGAGAGCAUCUAUGCCUCACCCAAUGCACCUGAGCUGCAGGGUCAGUCCCAGAAUUUUGGCAUCAUGGAUGUGGAGUUGGCUAUGGAGUGGAUUCACAACAAUAUUGAGGCUUUCGGAGGCGAUAAGUCCCGCAUCGUAUUGGGCGGCCAUUCAUCCGGUGGAGUCCACGUUGAUCACUAUCUCUGGAACCACCCAGAUACCUUCCUUGCUGGUGCGAUCGAGAUGUCUGCCAACGCCCAAUCUGGUCCUGGCUACGCGGCCGCAGGAGUCGCCUUGAAGCAGGUGGUCCAGACAAUGCUGGAUGCUGGCGUGACUCUAGACUGCACGGCUGAUGACUACACUCUGGACUGCCUGCGCGCAGCGGAUACUUAUGCCUUCCAGACGAGCGACUUCAACUCAACCUUGAACACCUGGUUCUCACCGGCGGUGGACGAGAUCACUCGCUUCUCCAACUACGCCGACCGCUUCGCGGAGGGAUACUACCCUAAAUCACUGCCUCUGAUCGUCGGUAACUCCGACCAGGAGGGCGAGAUCUUCGGCUACGUCUAUGGCAGUGAGAACACUAACUUUUCGUCCUGGAUCCGCACGUUUGACGCCGAUCUUACCUUCGUGCCCGCAGACGAGCUCCUGGCCGGCUACGACGAGGCCGACUACUCCUCUGUCUCCCAGAUGAGCGGUGCCUCCUACGGCGACGCGCGCUUCUUCUGCGCGACCGACUACCUGCUGGACAUGCGCGCUGCCGAGCAACCCACCUGGAUCUACCGUUGGUUCGGCAAGUACUCGAACGCGCUGCCGAUCCCCAAUCUCGGACCGUCGCACGGUAGCGAGGUGCCCUUUUUCCACGGCGGCAAGGAGUGCUUCUCCCUGCUGGAUGACGUGACCGCCGCGGAGCAGCAGCUGGCGGACUACAUGAACUCUUGGUUUGUCGCUUGGAUCAAGAACCCCAGAGCUGGGCCUGGCUGGAAGCGUGCCAAGCCUGUUGAUGGUCCCCUUGCGCGCGUGGGUGUGCCUGGACACGAGAAGAAGAUUGUGAAGAGCACAACUGGCGCUUACAACGGUCGCUGCCAGAAGGUUUACAAGCCCAAUUAUCCCAACUACCCUGUGGUGUGGAACACUGCUCUGCUGGUCGAGAGUGCCUAA